AAUGGGGGCAUUUUCGUAAUUUAAUUAUUAUGGGAAUAGUAAUAUCCAUACCUUUGCUUUUAUAAGUGUAUAGAUUUAAAGUAUUGAUUUAUACGACCCACCAAUAACUUUUAGAAUAAAGUCAAAGAUCACAAUCCUACUACGAGUACAUCUUAGUGAGGAUUCAAUUACUCUAUCCAACCUUCCUAUAUAACAUUAUCAAAAUAAAUUCUAGAAAAACCCAUUGUAAACUCUCAUGGCUAGUUUUUCUUUUCAAUCUUCAACUUCAUUUUAUCUCUCCUCUUUGUAAUCUCUUCACCAAGACAAUGGAAAUAUGCCGUUUUCUUAUGUAUUUAGCAAUAAUAUUUACCCUUUUAGUUGAAGAAUCAACAGCAACUCUUCAAGAGCUACUUAAAGGGUUCAUAGUAACUCCAAAUCCAACAGUAAAAAACUUCCAGCCAAUUCUGAGCGAUUCCAGCGGCGACUUCUCGCUCAGUUUCCUCCGAGUCAACCAGGAUCAGCUCGCCCUAGCCAUAGUCCAUGUUCCGUCAGGUGUGUCCCUCUGGCAAGCUAACUCGGUCGGGUUAGCUCGGUGGGGGAAACCCACUCGGCUAAUAUUCAAUGGCAGUCUUGUAUUAAGUGAUCUUGAUUCAGGGGUAUUUUGGUCUACGAGGACUGAGGGUGAUCGUGUUGUUCUUGCUAGUGCACCUAACUUGCGGAUUUCGAAAGCGGGGAAAUCAUCCUCUGUUUUAUGGCAAAGUUUUGAGUUUCCCUAUGAUACCCUUGUAGAGAAUCAAAAUUUUACUUCUGCCAUGUCGCUCGUUUCCUCGAAUGGGCUUUAUGCGAUGCGUUUAGGGCCCGACUUUAUCGGGUUGUACGCCAAGUUCAAAGGUCCGGGUUCAGACCCGGACCAAAUUUACUAUAGGCGUAGAGCUAUGCAAGCCAAGGCUAGUAUAAUACAAGGAGCUGGUCCGAUUUUGCUUCGUGUAAGCUCGGAUGGUUUUAUGGGAAUUUACCAAAAUGGGUCAAUCCCUAAUGAUGUACAAUCGUUCAAUAGUUACCAGAGGUCUGUAUCCGGACCUAGACGGAUUCGAGUAGAAAAUAACGGGAAUUUAAAAGGUUAUUAUUGGUCUGGGUCUAGUUGGGUUUUAGACUAUGAAGCUAUACCUGAAACAUGUGACUUACCAAGUCCAUGUGGGCCAUACGGGCUUUGCAGGCCCGGGGUUGGAUGUUCAUGUUUGGACAACCAAACCCAAGCCCAAAAUGGAGAUUGUUACCCUAAACAAGAGAUUGGAGACCUAUGUGGAAGUGAAGAGAAUAAGUUCCGGGAGAUACGAAGGACAGGAGUCGAACCCCCGUACAAAGAGCUUAUGGGGUACACCCAAACCGAAUCGUACGAGGAGUGUGAGAAGUCAUGUAUGAUGAAUUGCACAUGUUGGGGAGUAUUGUAUAACAAUGCUUCUAAAUUUUGUUACAAUGUGGAUUACCCUAUACAAACUAUUCUUGAGGUAGGACAUGAGAAUAAGAUGGGAUAUUUUAAGUUGUGGGAAGUUGCAAAGAAGAAAAGGGACCAAAGAUUGGGCAUUGGUAUUGGACUUUUAUGUGGGGCUAUGAUUGUGCUUGGGUUUGUUGUUGGAUUUGGAGUUUACAAGUUGUCUAAAAGAAAUAAAAGGUUUAAGAAUCGGAUCUUGGAGGAAGAUAAUAUUAAUGCAACCGGACCUUAUAAAGAUUUGGGAUCCUCAAGUUUUGGAUCAGUCGAAUUAAGCAAUAGAUGAUUAAUAAUAUUUGAUUAAAUUCCCCAUUUUUAAUGAUUUUUCUUAGUUAGUUUUAAAAGAUGCAUAUUUUUAUAACUCCAUUUGGAUAACGAUUAAUUUAUAUAGGAAUAUACUUUUAGAUUAGAUUGCAGAUUCAAAUCUUUUUAUUUUCUAUUUGUAAUUUAAUUUACUUAUGAGAUUUAUCUUAGAGUUUUGUUGUGUGAAUAACCUAUUCUUUUUUGCUUCAUUUCGGUUUCAAUAAUUAUUUUUAGUUAA